AUGGAUUUCCAGGGAAAUAAAGUCCAUGCAACAUUAUAUGAUGGAAAUAUAAAUGCCUUCGAAGACCAGCUUAUAUUGAGCAAAACAUACAUUGUUUCAAAUGCUCUCGUGAAAGACACUAAACCUGAAUAUAAAGCUGCAAAUGAACUUGGAAAUUACAUGGACUGCAACAAUGAUAUAAGCAUACUUGCGGUUGCCAUAGACAUGCGCCCAAAACAGAAAGAGUGCAUUACACUAGCAGAAAAAAUUGCCAACAAACCAGUUAUCUUAGCAAACAGGUUGAAAGUGUCAUCCUUUAAUGGUUUGACACUAUCAACUAAGAUCAAUAGCACCUUCUUUAUAGAUGGUGGGUUUAACCAAGUUGCUGAGUUUCGAGCAUGGGUAGAAGCACAUGCUGAAGAGUUGAAUGAAAUUACACUAGAGAAACCAUCUCUUGCAUUAACACCAACAAAAUUGUCUCCACCAAUGCACAAAAAAUUUACUCAAAUACACAAUAUUAAAGGCCGUUUACUUGGGCGUAAGUACUUUUGGAUCAAAGCAAAAUCAACCAUCUUAGCAAAAAAACAAGCAUUUUAG